AUGGCCCCGUCGAACGCGAAGCUCAAGGCGGCCCUUCUCGACGCCGUCCGCGACGUCUUCCAGACGGAUUUAGACAACCUCACCGUGAACUUCAUCCGUAAGCGCGUAGAGUCGGAUCUUGAACUUGAAGAUGGAUUCUUCUCCUCGGGAGACUGGAAGGACAAGAGCAAGAAGCUCGUUAAAGAGCUUGCUACCGCUCUGAUGGAGGGCAAUGCCGAUCCCGAGCCAGAACCUGCGGAAGAGAAAGAGAGCGCGAAGCCGAAGAAGACGGGCAAACGUCAGUCAACCGAUACAUCACCACCCGCAAAGCGUCGAAAGCGUCCGUCUGCCGAAGAUGGCGACUCGGAGAGUGAGAAGCCCAAGAGCAAGGCCAAGGCCAAACCGAAGAAGCCGGCGCCGCGUAAAAAGAAGCAGGAUACUCCCGUGGUCGACUCUGAUUCAGAGCCGAGCCCCGCCAAGCCGAAACCAUCGAAAGCUCGCAACGGACACGCGAACAAGGCCGAAGACAGCGACUCAGAUGACCUGAGCUCGCCGCCGGACAGCGACGAGGAGAUGGUCGACAGCGACAAGAAGAAACCAGAGGACGAAAAACCCAAGGCGCCCGAGGAGGAGGUCAAGGUCUUUGUCGAGACGAAGGAAGACGGAUCGGCCGAAAAGAAAGCCGAAACCGGCGAUGGAGAGGAAAACAAGAAACAGCAUGUUGUUGACGACACAAGCAGCGAGCUGUCCGAUGUGUUGGACGAACCGCCCAAGCCGAAGCGUAAGAAGAAGGAAGCUGGAGCUGGCAGCAAGGCGCCCAAGCAAAAGAAGGCGCUUGCAGGCUCGGACAACCCUGACGAUGUCGAAAUCAAGAAGCUGCAGUCUCACUUGGUCAAGUGUGGCAUUCGCAAGAUCUGGGGGUUCGAGUUGAAGCAAUACGGAGACAACACAAAGGCCAAGAUCAAGCACCUCAGAGACAUGCUCCGGGACAUCGGCAUGGACGGCCGCUUCUCAGAGGCCAAGGCCAAAGAGAUUAAGGAGCGCAGAGAGCUCGAAGCGGAUCUGGAGGCAGUCCAAGAGAUGAACGCAAACUGGGGCGUCGGGGGCCGGUCAUCAAGGAGCAAGGCGCGCGGACAGCCGGCACCGGUAAAGGCCGUGAAAGAUGACGUUUCCGAAGACGAGAAUGCCAAACAAAACGACGAGGAUGAUGACGACGAGGAACAAGAGUCACACAUCCCGUCACGCGCGCGGGGCAAGGCACGAGCAGACUUAGCAUUCCUCGGAGACGACGACGAGGAGUCAGACUGA